AUGCUGGACGAGAACGAGUUCCAACGUCGAGUGCGGGUCCAUUGCGUUAACCACGGCAUUGGAACGGGAUGGAGCACUUUGAAGCCAGGACAUUGGGUCCUGGAUAAGCACGGUCGGUAUGUUAAGAAGCUCACCUCAUGCUCUACGGCAGUGUGCACUUCCGGCCCGUCAGCUAAUACUCUCCCUUCCGUGGCUACUGUUCACGAGACUACCUGGUCUCAGAGUACUCCUCCUGCUGUUCACCCUGGUUUGCCCCCUACUUCGGUGCCUUCGGCCUCGGUAAGUUCGCCUCAAGUCCUCGCGGCAACUACGGCUGUCGGUGACAAGUCAUCUAGCGUUGCCAUUGAUGGUGGUCCUAAAGGCCAACGGCGUCCUGGCAAUGCUCCUGGCCAGAAGAGGCCAAAACUCACUUGCUAUCGUUGUCGUGAUCAAACAGGUGGUCAUUCUUUCAACGACUGCCCAGCCUCUUCCCCGACUGAAAUCGACAAGCGUUGCCGCAAGUGUGGACUUCACCGUCACAAGACUGAGCAGUGUGGCAACCGCAUAGUUGCGGCUGGUAUUCCUUGCGGUCGCUGUUUGCAAGCUGGCCAUCUUGCUUUCAUAUGCCCUGCCGAGAAGCCCCGCAAGGUCUCCGUUCAGUCUAAUGCUACGCUGCUUGCUGAUGCAGCCUCUUUGGUGCCUGGUAUAACGGUUGAUAUGUACGAGCCAGCUGAGUCUUUGGGGUGUAUUGAUACACCAGCUCCUGCUGGUCCUGGUGCUCUCUGUUCUUCUAUCAAGGUGGUACCUGAGAUGGGUCAUGAGAAUCCGGUAUCAGUGGCCUGUCUGUUGGAUACGGGUGCCAGCUGUAACUUCGCUCAGCUUUCGGUGGCCAAUCGUCUGGGACGAGUGGUGACAUUACCAUCUCCGAAGCCUUUUCGCGUGGCCAACAAACAAACCUUCUUCGCCACUCAAGCUGUCCAACUCACGGUGCUGACCAUUAGCUCUCGUAUCAAGCUGGACUUCCUAGUG